UAUUAUGGAUACGAAGAGCAAAAGUUUCAUUCGACUUGAGAGAGAGUUUGUUUGUUGGGCGAGGGAGAGAGAGAGAGAGAGAGAGAGAAUGAGCAGCAACGUAUUUGUGUACGGGAGCCUUCUGGCGGAGGAGGUGGUGCAGGUGCUUCUGAAGCGCGUGCCUCCCUCAUCCCCUGCCCUCCUCAAUGACUUCCAAAGGUUUAGCAUAAAAGGACGUGUUUACCCAGCUAUUCUUCCUGUUGACAAGAAGCAAGUCACUGGAAAGGUUCUUUUGGGUAUCUCAGACUAUGAAUUAUACGUUCUAGAUACAUUUGAGGAUGUGGAGUAUGAAAGGAAACUGGUUGAGAUCUCAAGGAUGGAUACUUCGGAGAAGCUGCCAGCCCAUACUUACGUUUGGGGGAAGAAAGAUGAUCUAAAUUUAUGUGGAGACUGGGAUUUCGAUUGGAAGGAGAAAUACUUGAAUGAUUUUGUUGAGAUGGCAAAAGGUUUCAUUGAUGAAUUGGAUCAGCCGGAAUCAUUGCCCAGGGUGGCCACUUAUGAAUCCUAUUUUCAGAAUGGAGAGAGAGCAUCCACUUGAAAAGAUUAACCUCGUUCUUGGGCAAUUCAAAUAAUAGGUGGCCUUCUGUGGCUUCUUGGAUAUUCAUACAUUGCAUCUCAUCAUUCUUCUCUGUUUAUAUAUAAUUCAAGAAAGGCAAACAGAGAAAAAGGAUAUGAAAUUCAAUUUGGAGUACUAGUGUUGCUCUCUCUGAAACCUCAGUUUGUAUAUAAUUUUAAAAAGGCAAACAGAAAAAAAGAAUAUGAAAUUCGAUUAGGAGUACUAGAGUUGCUCUCA